AUGGUUUACUGGGAUACCCGAAAUUGCAAUGAAAACAUCCAAGUUCAGGCGGGCAGCGUGGAGAACACGUCGUGGGCGAGCGGGUACCGUGUUCGACUCCGCUGCGGCUUUCUACCGAUGAUCCCGACGCUGGGGCCGUCACGAGAGCGACACUCCGUGUUGCACACAAGAGAGCAGCACUCCAAGCUUGUUCGUCGACCAGACGCUAGAAAAGUGAGACUUGUCUGCUCCAGAGAAACGAGGACGGUGUCCGUGCGACUUCCGAGGCCCCCGCUGAACACCACAGAGCUGACGCUCGUUGCUCGUGGUAGCAAACGAAAGACGCCAGAGAAGGACAGGAAGCUAGAGCAAAAACCUGAACAAAGUACAAGUCCUAUGCUGAACUUGAAUGGAUUCAAGCUGCCUGGAACGCCGAUUUCAUCCUUUUGGUUUCUCGGGGGCGUCGUGGUUUUGUCUCUGGGUAUUCUCCGUCGACUACUGGGAAGCAAGGAGGUUGCUCACAUCCCCGCUGGAUCGGUGAGGUACCGCGCGUCGAACGACGCUGAAUUGCACGUAUACCGAUGUGGCAAGUGCGGGUACACGCUCUACCCAGCAAGAGGGCGUGAACUCAAAUUCUUUCCGCGAACGUUCAAGUGCCCGCAGUGCUCUGCGCCCAAAUCCGAGUUCUGGGACCUGAAUGAUCCCAAUGAUCCACGGAAUCAGGAAACGGAGUCCGAUGAAACUGAUCAAGCGUCAUUGGAACAAACGCAGUCCGAAGAUGCACCAGACACGCCCCAGGACACGGGCGGGAGCACUCCUCCGAUUGACUCGUCCCCGGGGGAAAACAAGCCUUAG